AUGGAAACUACUCUUCAUACAGAAUCAUCAAGAUCAAGAAAUGAAAUGGAUUUGGUCAAUCAAAAGUUAUUAGAACUCGAGGCUAAAAUGGUGACAUUAGAAUCUAGUAAAUCUUUCACUGAUACAUUUAGUCCUCAAAACAUUGAUUCAGACAAGGAGGAAUUACCCGGUGAUAAUAGUUCAAGUAGGAAAAGUUUAGUUCAAAUUACAAACCUGUCUACAAAAGAUAUAGCAACCAAUAUCAAAGAUUCUAAUACCGUACUUCAUUCAGGAGACUUUCCCACAACAAGUCAAGCUGAAAAGUUGAUUGAAAUAUUCUUUGAUAAAAUUCAUCCUAUAAUUCCGAUUUUGCAUCCUGUAUCAACAAUUCCAAAGCUAUUGGCAUCUAUGAAAACCUCACCCGAACCUCAAUUAUACGGCGUAAUAUUAUGUUCAUUACGGUUUGCUAAUAAAAUAUUUCAAGAAGAGGAAAUCGCUAAAUACUAUAAUUAUUGUAAAACAAAAAUUAUAUCAAGUUUCAUUGGUCUUAGCAGUAUCGAAGAGUUACAAACAAUGACUUUGCUUGCAUUUGAUUUGUUUGGAAAGUCAAAUAAUCCUGAAACAUGGAGCGUAAUUUCCAUGAUAUCUUCAGGUGCAAUACAUCUUAAUUUAACAAAGGAAAACAAAUAUACUGGCUCGAAAUAUUGCAAGAAACAAGACAGCAAGUACUUCUCUAUAAAGAACUUAAAUACUACAAAAGAUCCUACAACGUGGUUGGACGAGGAAUCGAGAAGAAAUUUAUUUUGGGAAAUUUAUAUUUUGGAUAAGUUAUCUAGCCUUUCUAAUUCGUUUCCUUUUAAAAUUCCUGAGAAUGAGAUAAGCUGUUCAUUACCAUUGAGGCUUGAGUUUUGGAUUUCAGGAAAUAUAGAUGGAAUGGAAGGCCCUAUUAAAAAUCUUCAAAAGAGAAACCUAUUUAUCAAAAAUAAUGAAGUUGUUUUUGGUGAGAUUUACGAUUCAAAUUGCUUUUUGAUUGAAGUGAUGCAUAUUUUAGGAGAAAUACAUUCCUUUAUGAGACAUCCUUUAGAUGUUCACAGCGAGAAUGAUGUUUUUGAAUGGCAAAUAAAAUUUGAUAAAUUGGAACAGAAAAUCUCUUCCUGGAGAAAAACAAUUCCGAGCAAUUUUUUAGACUUGUUGGAUAACGAUAAUUGCUUAUUUAAAAAUACAUUCACUAUAAAAGAUGUGAUAUUUCAUGCUUUAUAUCAUACGAUGAUCAUUAGACUAAACUCUACUCCAGGUUUUCCAUACUUUAAUUCUGAGUAUUUUUCUCCGUCUGAAUUGGCAAGGUAUAAAUGCUUGGAUUCUGCAUUCCAUAUAAUUAAGUUAUCAAGACAUUUUCCCCUGAUGUUUAACAAUAUGGGUAGUGAGGUUUAUGAAAUGUGUGGUCCGCAGUAUGCAUUUGCAGUUUGGGUAUGCGCAAGGUUAAUUUUUGUGAAUGCGGUUAAUAACCAUACUGAUAUACCUCUGGAGCUUGAUUACUUGAUUAGUUUAUUAAGCAAGAUGGGUAUUACAUGGGAAGGUUCGUUAAGAUAUGCAAAUAUAUUGAAGUUUUUAAAGGACGAAGAACUAUGCGCUAAAAAGAGCGGUUCAAAUUUUUAUGGGGGAACUAAGAAUUUGCAAGAAUGUUAUAGUGAUAGUGAUAAUGAGGAUUUAAAUGAUGGUGUUAAAGGUCACUCAAAAAAUGUGCGAAUUAUAUCAGAUAUGAGGUUAAAUGCCUAUUCAUUAGAUGUUCUACUAUAUAAUAAAAUUGAAAAAUUCAAGCAGAAUGACGAUGAAGCUGUAUCAGAGAGUAAUGAAAAUGAUUUUAUGGAUAUGUUCGAAUGGUUCAAGCUUCCAGUAGCAAAUCUUGUCAAUAAUGCUAAUACUUAG